CCUAAACCAAUACGGAGGUGUUUCAGACUUUCAGUAGAGUUCAAAGAAAGUUGUGAAUAGUGAUUUACUGUAUAAAAAUUGAUUUCUCAUCAUGGCUGGAGUUGUGGUAGUCUUUGAUUUCGAUCGUACCCUUAUUGAUAAAGAUAGUGAUCGUUGGGUCAUUGACCAUUUUGGUAUUACCGAUUUGUUCAUUCAACUUUACCCUACUAUGCCAUGGUACUCCUUGGUGGAUAGGAUGAUACAAGAAAUUCAUUCACAGGGAAGAACAAUUGAAGAAAUCUCAGAGUGCUUAAAAGGGGUUCCUUUACAUCCUAACAUAAUCACAGCUAUCAAAUCGGCUCAUAGUCUUGGGUGUGACUUGAGAAUUGUAAGUGAUGCAAACAUGUUUUUCAUUGAGACAAUCUUGAUGCAUCAUGGUAUAAUGGAAUGUUUUUCUGAGAUCAAUACAAAUCCAAUAAAGAUAGAUGAACAAAGGAGGCUUAGGGUCUUUCCGUACCAUGAUGCCAAUUCUGGUCCUCAUGGAUGCACUCUUACAUGCCCUCCUCAUAUGUGCAAGGGGAAGAUCAUGGAACGAAUCCGAAAUUCUGCUUCGUUUGUUGAAGGACAAAAACAGUUCAUAUACAUUGGAGAUGGAGGUGGUGAUUUCUGCCCUAGUGUGAAGCUUAAAGAAGAAGAUUAUGUAAUGCCAAGGAAGGACUACCCAGUAUGGAAAAUGAUUUGCAAGAACAAAUCACUCAUGAAAGCUGAGAUUCAUGAAUGGAGUACUGGAGAUGAGCUUGAAGUUAAACUCCUUGGUCUCAUUAACAAGAUCAGCGAUUGCCACACAGCACUGAAGAAGUAGCCAUUUGUUAUUUCAAAUCUAUACCUGCAAUGAAUCGCUUGAUAAACCCAUGAGGGAAAUAUAUUAAAGAUUAAAGUAGUACUCUGUAAGUUGAUGAUGGAACAAACCACCAUUCUCCAGGAUUAUGACAACUAAGGACAGAUUUAGCCAAACAAUCUGCCGCCUUAUUACA